AUGUGGAGGCUGCCCCCCAAGGCCAGAGACCAGGAAGCUGCCCCCCCCAAGGCCAGAGACCAGGAGGCUGCCCCCCCCCCAAGGCCAGAGACCAGGAGGCUGCCCCCAAGGCCAGAGACCAGGAGGCUGCCCCCCCCCCCCAAGGCCAGAGACCAGGAGGCUGCCCCCAAGGCCAGAGAACAGGAGGCUGCCCCCAAGGCCAGAGACCAGGAGGAUGCCCCCAAGGCCAGAGACCAGGAGGCUGCCCCCAAGGCCAGAGACCAGGAGGAUGCCCUCAAGGCCAGAGACCAGGAGGCUGCCCCCAAGGCCAGAGACCAGGAGGAUGCCCCCAAGGCCAGAGACCAGGAGGCUGCCCCCAAGGCCAGAGACCAGGAGGCUGCCCCCAAGGCCAGAGACCAGGAGGCUGCCCCCAAGGCCAGAGACCAGGAGGCUGCCCCCAAGGCCAGAGACCAGGAGGCUGCCCCCAAGGCCAGAGACCAGGAGGAUGCCCUCAAGGACAGAGACCAGGAGGAUGCCCCCAAGGCCAGAGACCAGGAGGCUGCCCCCAAGGCCAGAGACCAGGAGGCUGCCCCCAAGGCCAGAGACCAGGAGGCUGCCCCCAAGGCCAGAGACCAGGAGGCUGCCCCCAAGGCCAGAGACCAGGAGGCUGCCCCCAAGGCCAGAGACCAGGAGGCUGCCCCCAAGGCCAGAGACCAGGAGGCUGCCCCCAAGGCCAGAGACCAGGAGGCUGCCCCCAAGGCCAGAGACCAGGAGGAUGGGUAA